GCAGACGAGUGCGCCCCGACCGUACGUUCGUCGUAGAGAACUUUCGUCGCGUACUCUAUAAACACUAGCGUAUACACCGUAACACUUCCGACGAACCGGUUUACAACUCCAGAGUUAUACCAAUGUGUUCAGUGACCCGUUAACAUUGUGUGUGCAGUGAUAAUUGGAGGUGCUAGUGAAAACUAUCUAAUGAUGUUAUGACCUGUUUGGAUAUUGAGUUCAGUUUGGAUUUGUUUGGGUGAAAAUUAUUUUGGUAGUAGAGGAAAGAUGGCGUGUAUAGAAAUGGCCAGGUACUAAAGCAACAUGGCCGUCGCCCGCGCGGUCCUGGUUCUGCUAGCGUCCUCCGCACAAGCGUGGAUGCCUGAUGCCAACGCUAGAAUUCACGUCAAAUAUGGCGAUGACACUCCCGAACAGUUCGUCGGUAAUGUCACAGGGCCAAAUCACUUUAGAAUCUUAGAAAAAGAUGACUUCUCGAUUUUGGUCGGAGGAAGGAGUAUAGUCUACAACCUUAGUUUAUACGACUUAUCAGAGAAUAUUGAACAGCGUAUAGAAUGGCAAUCAACAGAUGCCCAUCGCGAGCUAUGCCAGUUGAAGGGGAAAUCGGCAGAUGAAUGUCAAAAUUACUUACGUGUGGCCACCCGUAUCCACGGCCGGUUGCUGGUGUGUGGUACCAACGCCUUCAAGCCCAUGUGCCGACGGUACGCCAGGCAUCCACCGAAUCACCACCUCGAAGAAUUCGACGGAACUGGCCGCUGUCCUUAUAACCCGCAGCACAACUCAACAGCUAUAUUCACCGAUGGUCAACUAUAUACAGCAACGGCAGCAGAUUUCUCCGGGUCGGAACCAUUGAUAUACAGAGAGCCCGUCCGAACCGAGCACUCAGAUCUGCGAUUGUUAAAUGAUCCUUCCUUUGUUGGAGCCGUUGCAUCGACGAGUCACGCGUUCUUCUUUUAUCGUGAAACCGCCGUCGAGUUUAUGAACUGUGGGAAGGCUGUGUACUCGAGGGUGGCGAGAGUUUGUUUAAAUGAUAAAGGCGGACCGCAUCCAUUUAACGACCGGUGGACGUCCUUCCUCAAGACCCGAUUAAAUUGUUCAAUACCCGGAGAGUACCCGUUCUAUUUCGAUGAAAUUCAGGCAACGACUGAAAUAAUCAACGGGAUAUAUGGUAGCGGCAGCAAUCGAAAUGAUAUAGUAUACGCAGUGUUUACAACUCCACAAAAUGCGAUAGGAGGUUCAGCUGUAUGUGCAUUUGCAAUGAGGGACAUUCUAGACGCUUUCGAAGGACCUUUUAAGGGCCAAAAGGAUAUGAACUCGAAUUGGCUCUCCCUUUCUAAGGACAAAGUACCUCAGCCGCAGCCGGGCUCCUGCGUAGAAGAUAGCAGGACCCUUUCAGAUUCGGCGAUCAAUUUUGUUAAGUCACAUCCGUUGAUGGACAAAGCGGUUCCAUCGUUUUUGGCACGCCCAAUACUCAUUAGAGUCAGUUUACAAUAUAGGUUUUCGGCUAUUGCUAUUCAUCCACAAGUACAAUCCAUGAAUGGAAAUAAAUAUGAUGUCAUGUACGUGGGAACGGAUGACGGUAGAGUGAUUAAAGCAGUAAACGUCGCAUCAAACGAAGGAGAAUUCGACGCCAGCAUGGACGAGUACAGCAGAAAUCCCGUCAGAACAGCAGUCAUUUCCGAAAUGCAAGUUUUGCCCCCGGGCGUCCCGAUAAAGCAGAUGCACGUUGCACUCACUACUGAAAAAUUAAUAGUCGCAUCAGGGGAUAUCAUUAAAGCAGUCACGUUAUCGCACUGUACAAGCGUUCUGUCGUGCAGGGAAUGUGUAGCUUUACAAGAUCCACACUGCGCGUGGGACUCCAAACAGCAACAGUGUUCCUGGGUAGGAAACAGACAAUUCCCGAACCCAGAAAGGUUUCUACAAAACAUAGAGAAUGGAAAGACUGAUAUAUGUAACAAAUUGCCCGCACUACCCUCUGGGGAGCGCCACAGUAAUAGAAAUCCUGCAACUAAACAACCGACCCAAUCUGAACCUAAUCAGAGACAGCCAAAGAACGAUAUACAGAAUGAAAUCUUAAUAGAAGUUGUUGAAACGAACGUUAUCUCCGAACAAAAACCUCCUAGCCAAACUGAAACAGAUUCUCUGACAAUCGAGGCAGCAGAUGGGAACAUCUACAGUGCCCAAGCGCUAAUGACGGCCGUGGUCGCGUCGUGUCUAGUGACUCUGAUGGUCGGUUUUGUCAUCGGCUACCUUUUUUCUCGGCGAUUUCGGCACCCUUUUUUUACCGACACCUCCCCGUUCAAUGAGCAACACAAUCACUUGAACAGACUGAGUCCUUUAGAAACACCGUUGAAUGUGAACUCAGGAUACAUGCCACCGAGAUCAAAAAACGUAAAUAUGGUGGCCAACGUGUGCCCUUUAGCCAAACAAGAUAAUUUGCAUCUAGAACUGGGGAAGGACCGCACUCUAGACCUAAGGAACUCCACGGAAUCGCUAGACAAAGAUUUGAAAUGUGGUACUCUGCAGAAGGUGAAAAAGACUUACAUUUGAAACAUACCGCAGCGAACUAUGUACGGUACCAUGUCGAAGUGAGUGAUAGUGACAAUCAGUGCGUUUGUGUGCCAAGAUUACCGACAAAUCGGUUGAAUGUCGACUUGUGAUUGUGCAAAGACUCUUGUAAAUAUUGCAUUUGUAUUAUUGUACAGAAUUAGUGAAUUGAACGUUUUAUUUUCAAUGGUAUUAUGGCAUACGACUGUCGCGUUAUGCCGUCAAGCAUGGGGACUAGAGCGGUAGGUUGCUAGUGAAAACAGAUCUCCAAGAAAGGAUAGUGUACCUUCAUAUUAUGAAAAGCAUGGUCAGAAAAAUCACCCUUGCUGAGAAUUAACCUCCUACUUUAUGAUUAAACUUCAAUUUAAUGAAGA